AGGAGCACGCCUUCAUCAACGGCUUUGGGCAUGAAAACACCUGGAUCGGCCUCAACGACAGGAUUGUGGAGCAGGAUUUCCAGUGGACGGACAACACGCUGGCAAUACGAGAACUGGCGGGAGAACCAGCCCGAUAACUUCUUUGCGGGCGGUGAGGACUGCGUGGUGCUCGUGUCCCAUGAGAUCGGCAAGUGGAACGACGUGCCCUGCAACUACAACCUGCCCUACAUCUGCAAGAAGGGCACAGUGCUGUGCGGGCCCCCGCCGGACGUGGCCCACGCGUUCCCGGUGGGCAAGAGGAGGGAGAGCUACAGCGUCCACGCGAGCGUGCGCUACCAGUGCGAGGAGGGCUUCGCCCAGCGCCACGUGCCCACCAUCAAGUGCCACAGCAACGGCAAGUGGGACCGGCCCAAAAUCCUGUGCACAAAACCAUCAUCCUGCUCCUUCAGAGAGCCCCAGUAUCGCCCAGAUCCCGUGUAG